GAUGUUACACAAAUAUAAAAUGCUUUAUUUGAAAGAGUUACGUCAACCAAUCGUCAUGAAUAAAAAUGCUUGCUGUAUUUGAACAACAGUAAAAAAAACAUUGCUUUUUGCGUUGACUUUGUUCACCAUGUGCAUUUUGUAUAUAGAAAUACAUUAUGCCCCUCCUCGCUUUCCCGGGAAGAUAAAGGAAAUAGAGCAGUAAAGAUCUUUAAAACUGGUCAAAGGUUAUUUUUAAUGGUUCGGUAAAUAAAAUAAAUAGGUUUCCGUUCCUGGUCAACAAAGAGGGCUUUUUUUUUGUGGAUAUAUUUCUGGUUGCUUCGGUUUCUCUUUUUUCCAUUUCUCUUUUUCUAUCAUAUACUUUUUUUAAAAUUUUGGAACGCCAUGGCACCCAAUUCGCUUGAUGUUACAGUUGAACCAUUCCUGGCCGUCAUGACAACAAAGACAGUUCCAGUUCAAGGCAUGACCUGCAUGUCUUGUGUCAAAGCCAUUACAAGAGCUCUUGAACCUUUGACAAGCAGCGUGGAAGUCAGUCUAAAGGAUGAAACGGCAACAUUUGUAUUUGACUCACAAAUAUACACACUAGAAAAUUUAAUCAACACGAUUGAAGAUUGUGGAUUUGAUGUUCCUACCAGUGUAAAGCUUGAAUUAUCCGUUCAAGGAAUGACUUGUCAAUCCUGUGUGAAAUCUAUAAAUAACGCCUGUCGUCAAUUAGACGGAUUAAAUACGAUUCAUGUCGAUUUAGAAUUAGCCAAGGCAACAAUCGAAUAUCAGCCUUUACUGAUAUCACCGAAACAAAUUUUUGAAACCAUUCAGGAAUGUGGAUUCGAUGUCACUCAUUAUUCCGAGAUUAUUCACCCCAUUACUUCAAAAGAGCAAGUAUCUAAAAAUACCGUACAGCUGAGAAUUGGUGGCAUGACCUGCGCCUCUUGUGUGAAUAGUAUCGAACAUGGAUUACUCGCAGUUAAAGGCAUUGACUCAGUUCAAGUUUCAUUAUUAGCAGAAUCAGCUGUCAUUGUUUAUGAUGCAACCAUGAUUUCUCCCGGACAAAUGAUCGAAGAGAUUAACGACAUGGGAUUUGAAGCUUCCUUGAUUGCAGAAGUAACCCUAGGCAGAAAACUUCAAUUACAAAUUUAUGGUAUGACAUGUGCAAGUUGUGUAAACGCAAUCGAAAAGGAAAUAAAGAAAUUAAAUGGUGUAAACUCCAUCUCUGUAAACCUGAUGACCGAGUCUGGAGUGAUCGAUCAUAACCCAAAUAUCGUGGGGGCUCGUGAGUUAGUACAACGGAUUGAAUCGCUUGGUUUUAAUGCAUUAGUCUCGGAUAAAUCACGCAGCGUUCAACUAGAAAGUUUAUCCAAAGUCCGAGAAAUUAGGCAAUGGCGGCGCUUGUUUAUCCAUAGCUCACUGUUUGCAUUUCCUGUAUUCGUUAUUGCAAUGAUAUUACCUGAAUUCAAAUGGGGUCAGCAUUUAUUAAAUACUCCAAUGAUCAUACCUGGGCUGUUUUUGUUUGAUGUCAUACAGUGCAUCCUGUCUGUGCCUGUACAAUUCAUUUUCGGCAAAAGGUUUUUGAAAUCUGCAUAUCAAUCUGUCAAACACCGAUCACCCACAAUGGACGUCUUGGUGGCCUUAUCCACAUUAUCCGCAUUUUUCUUCUCCUUGCUUUCCAUGGCCAGGUCUGUUUGGAUAGCUUCUGAUACAAGACCUUCGGUGUUUUUCGAUACUUCAGCAACAUUAAUUACCUUCAUCAUGUUAGGAAGAUAUCUUGAAAAUAUGGCCAAAGGACAAUCUUCUUCUGCACUUUCAAAGUUAAUGUCCUUAACCCCCUCUACGGCCACUAUGGUAACUUUGGAUAAAAGUAACAAGGUGGUAUCCGAGAAAAAAAUUCCAUCAGAACUUGUUCAAAUCAACGAUUAUUUAAAAGUCAUCCCCGGUGAUAAAAUCCCAACCGACGGUCAGGUAUUUUCGGGCCAGACCUCUAUUGACGAAAGUAUGAUUACAGGUGAAGUGGAUGCUGUAAAUAAGCGUAAAGAUGAUAUUGUCAUUGGUGGUACAGUUAAUGGAUUGGGCACUUUUAUUAUGCGUGCUACAAGAAUUGGUUCUGAUACUGCCCUAAGUCAGAUUGUAAGAUUGGUAGAGGAUGCUCAGGUCAACAAAGCGCCCAUUCAAGGAUUUACCGAUAAAGUCGCUGGCAUAUUUGUGCCCAUUGUUUUAAUUCUGGGAGCUUCUACCUUGAUCAUCUGGUCUUUACUCGUAACCUACUUCGGUGUCGAUCAAAUGCCUUCUCUUUUACAGCAUGAAAUAUCAAAGGAAGGAAACGGAGAUUGGUUCUUUGUCUGCCUUAAAUUGUGUAUUAGUGUGGUGAUUGUAGCUUGUCCUUGUGCCCUGGGUUUAGCUACUCCUACCGCUGUGAUGGUCGGUACUGGUUUAGCUGCCGAACACGGAGUAAUCUUUAAAGGCGGUGCUGUACUUGAAAAUGGACAGAAAGUAAACAAAGUUGUAUUUGACAAAACGGGUACUUUAACUACAGGAAAAGUACAGGUUGUGAAAUACGAAGCGUGGGAUGAAACAGAGGAAACUAGAAGACAUAUGUUGAUCAUGGCUGCUCUUGCUGAAUCACAAAGUGAACAUCUUUUGGGUCGAGCUGUUGUUUUAAAAGCCAAAGAAUUGACACAGACAGCUUUAGAUACAUCCCUGGAUCAUUUAGGCACUGUGACCAACUUUAAGAGCGAGACCGGGUUUGGUAUUGAAUGUGAUUUAACGCUACCAAAUCAAGAGAAGCAUCAUCAUGUCGUCAUUGGUAAUCAAGUUUGGUUACAGGAAUACCAUGGUAUUUAUUUGGUAGAUGAACAAAUAAAGACAAUCGAAGGACAAUUCUCGCAAGGUCGUACAUGUAUUUUAGUAAGUCUUGACGGUGUACCUACUGGUUUUGUUUCCAUAUCCGAUGUGAUCAAGCCCGAGGCCAGAUUGGUGAUUGCUACACUUAAAAAAAUGGGAAUUGAUACAGCGAUGGUGACAGGUGACAAUGUUUUGACGGCUAAAUGUAUCGCUGCACAAGUCGGCAUAACCGAAAUUCAUGCUGGUGUAUCUCCCAACGGUAAAACACAAAUUGUCAAAACCAUGCAAUCACAAAUGAGGCCCAAAUCUGGUAUAUUGGGUUAUCGUAUGAGUCCUACUGUGGUGGCAAUGGUAGGUGAUGGUAUCAAUGAUUCUCCGGCGCUGGUAGCAUCCAACUUAGGUAUUGCGCUAUGUAGUGGAACGGAUAUCGCAAUCGAGGCAGCGGAUGUAGUGUUAAUGCGAAAUGAUUUAUGUGACGUUGUGACAGCUCUGAGUUUAUCCAAGAGUAUAUUCAAGAGAAUCAAGAUGAACUUGAUCUGGGCUUGUGUAUAUAACUUUAUUGGCAUUCCAUUGGCGAUGGGAAUAUUUCUACCAUUUGGCUAUCAUUUGCAUCCAAUGAUGGCUGGUAUGGCUAUGGCUGCAAGUUCAACCAGUGUCGUCGUGAGUAGUCUAAUGCUGAAAUGGUUUUGGCGCAAACCAACAAUGUGCGACCAAAAUGAUGAAGAAACUAUAUAUACCAAUCUUUCAUACAAGAUAUCGACCUUUGUUUCCAAAUUAUUUACAAGAAGCGACGGAGGAGGCUCUUAUCAACCACUUACUACUGAGCAGCAAGAGUAUGAUCUAGAAAGCUUAUCUUCUCUGCGAUAAAUUAUCCCCCCUUUUUUCUUCCCCUGAAUCAAAAUAAAAUUAGCCUUCUAAUUCUGUAAUUACAAA